UCCUAACAACCAACCGUAUGCGUGGGGGAUUUGGGUGGCGUAAAAAUGCAUGCAGCCGGUGCUCCUCCUGUUACGGUGUGGCCGGCGAAGUGGGAAGGUAUUUCAGCGCCACGUGUAAGCCGGAGAUAUUUGAGUAUUCGAUUUCGGACUUCAUUUUACAGUCAGAGUGAAAACCACCAUUACAGCAGAAGGUCUGAACAGUACUGGGAUAAGUUCUACAAGCUCCACAAAAACAAGUUUUUCAAGGACCGACACUACUUGGAGAAGGAUUGGGGAAGAUAUUUUGAUGAUGAAAUUGAAUCUUCCAAUGGGAAGGUUGUCUUAGAGGUGGGUUGUGGAGCGGGGAAUACGAUUUUUCCUCUCAUAGCUGCGUUUCCGAAGCUCUAUGUUCACGCCUGUGAUUUCUCAGCUAAAGCAGUAACCCUCGUUAAGUCACAUGCAAAUUACAGUUCGGAAAAGAUUAAUGUCUUUGUCUGUGAUGCUGCAAAGGAUGAUCUCUGUGCUAAUGUCGUGCCUUUUACUGUUGAUGUUGUAACCUUGAUUUUUACAUUGUCUGCAGUUUCACCAUGCAAGAUGGCUUCAAUUCUGGAGAACUGUAAGCAAGUACUAAAGCCAAAUGGUCACAUUCUUUUACGAGAUUAUGCAGUUGGUGAUUCUGCUCAGGUGAAACUGCAUGAUAGAAACCAGAUGAUUAGUGAGAACUUUUAUUUCCGAGGAGAUGGAACUUGUUCGUUUUACUUUUCCGAGACUUACACGUCAACCUUGUUUCAAAGCGCUGGUUUUGCAAUUGUGGAUAUUAACACAUACUGCAAGGAAAUUACGAAUCAUUCUCGGAAUAUUACCAUGCAGCGGCGCUGGAUACGUGGCAUAUUUGGUCGUUCAUGAUUACGAGUUCUUUUCUCCUCUUCCAUUGUGGAUUCAUAGUCGAUAAUCCCAAAAAUUAGA